GGAGAGACUGAAAGUGAGGAGGUGCCAAGGAGUGACAAGGUGCGGAGAAGUGCAGGAAGGGAGGGGAUAGAGGGCUGGAGAAAGGGAGGUACGGGUCAACCAGGGAGGGAACAGAGACAGUGACAGAGCAAGAGGCAGAGAGACUGAACUAGGAAGGCUGGGAGAGGGAAGGACAGACACAGAGAGACAAGGGAAGAAACAGGGGAGUCAGACACUGGAGAAGACAGGGGAGAGAAACAGACGACAGACAGAGAGACACAGGCACAUGGAGAACUUGACCGGCAGAUCCCGGGUGCUGUAAGGACUGUGGCUGGCGGUGGACAUCCAAGUGGUCCCAACCUCCCACCCUUGGGACCCUCCUGCCCGGCGUGGCGGGCGGCAGCUGGUGAUGGCAGACUCCUGCCGGAAUCUCACCUAUGUGCGGGACUCGGUGGGGCCAGCCACCAGCACCCUGAUGUUUGUGGCAGGUGUGGUAGGGAACGGAUUGGCACUGGGCAUCCUGGGUGCAAGGCGGCGGUCACACCCGUCGGCCUUCGCGGUGCUGGUGACGGGGCUGGCGGUGACAGACCUGUUGGGCACCUGCUUCCUGAGCCCGGCUGUGUUCGUGGCCUACGCUCGCAACAGCUCGUUGCUGGGCCUGGCCCGUGGUGGCCCGGCGCUGUGUGACGCCUUUGCCUUUGCCAUGACCUUCUUUGGCCUGGCCUCCACGCUCAUCCUCUUCGCCAUGGCCGUGGAGCGCUGCCUGGCGCUCAGCCAUCCCUACCUGUACGCCCAGCUAGACGCCCCACGCUGUGCCCGCCUGGCACUGCCAGCCAUCUAUGCUUUCUGCACCAUCUUCUGUGCGUUGCCCCUGCUGGGCCUGGGCCAGCACCAGCAGUACUGCCCCGGCAGCUGGUGUUUCGUCCGCAUGCGCUCAGCCGAGCCCAGGGGCUGCGCCUUCUCACUGGCCUAUGCCAGCCUUGUGGCCCUGCUGGUGACCGCCAUCGUCCUGUGCAAUGGUUCCGUCACCCUCAGCCUCUGCCGCAUGUACCGCCAGCAGAGGCGCCACCAGGGCUCUCUGGUUGCCAGCUCUGGGACGUGUGAGGAUGAGGUGGAUCACCUGAUUCUACUGGCCCUCAUGACAGGCAUCAUGGCUGUGUGCUCCCUGCCUCUCACGAUCCGUGGCUUCACCCAGGCCGUUGCCCCGGACAGCAGUGAGAUGGGGGACCUUCUCGCAUUCCGUUUCAACGCCUUCAACCCCAUCCUGGACCCCUGGGUCUUCAUCCUCUUCCGAAAGGCUGUCUUCCAGCGACUCAGGCUCUGGUUCUGCUGCCUGUGUGUCCGGCCUGCCCACGGCGACUCGCAGACACCCCUCUCCAGGCCCACCUCAGGAAAGAGGGACCCGCAGGUCCCCACUGCCCUGGAGGGGAAGGAAGGGAGCUGGGUGCCUCUGUCGGCCUGGGUCGAGGGGCAGGUGGCAUCUUUACCUCCCAUGGCACAGUCCAGUGAUGGUAGCAGCACCGUGGGAACGCUGUCUAAAGCAGAGGCUGCGGUGGCCUGCUCCCUCUGCUGACAGCUAGGCUGGCCCUAUGAUCUCCUGUCCUGUCUUCUGGGCACAGGAGCCAGAAAAGCAGGGACUUGGCUGAUGGCUGAGGAAGUCAGAGUCGUGACCUCCCCAAAUUUGGGGGGUGGCCAGCUGCUAUUUCUCCUCCUUCAGGGUGGUCACUGUAGGCUCCAGGAAGACUGAGGGAGCGCUUACCCCAGAGCACAUGAGAAAUGGCUCUCUCAAAAUAACCACUGGCCUGGCCGGCCUGCUCUGGCCCUCAA